AUAGGCGGGGCUUGACUGCGCACGCGCCCGAGUGCACGCCACCGGAAGGGAUGCGCUUGGGCCGAGGGUGGGUGGUUAAUACGCGUGCGCAGUAGACUCUUCCGACAACUGUUGCGCAAAUGGUGGAGAAGAAACCCUCGGUUCGCUCCCAGGACCCUGGACAGCGGCGGGUGCUGGACCGGGCAGCCCGGCAGCGGCGGAUCAAUCGACAGCUCGAGGCUUUAGAGAACGACAAUUUCCAGGAUGACCCCCACGCAGGCCUCCCCCAGCUGGGCAAGAGGCUGCCUCAGUUUGAUGACGAUGCAGACACAGGAAAGAAAAAGAAGAAAACUCGAGGUGACCAUUUCAAGCUUCGCUUCCGGAAAAACUUCCAGGCUUUGCUGGAGGAGCAGAACCUGAGUGCGUCUGAGGGUCCCAACUACUUGACAGCCUGUGCGGGUCCCCCAUCCCGACCCCAGCGCCCCUUCUGUGCUGUAUGUGGCUUCCCAUCCCCGUAUACCUGUGUAAGCUGUGGUGCCCGGUACUGCACAGUGCGCUGCCUGGGCACCCACCAGGAGACCAGGUGUCUGAAGUGGACCGUGUAAACCUGCAUCAGGAGAAGAAGUACCCCCAACCCUUCCCCCAGCUCAUCCUCAAAGGGUAGAGAGAAGAACCAUCCAUUCACGCAGCGAAGCUGUGUCCUGCCAACCAACGGAGACCACACGGACCCCGGGGACUGUGUGGGAUUGGUCUAACCCACAGAGUUAUAAUAGAUGUAAAUAUAAAAAGUGAUCAAAAAUG